CUAACUAAUUUGUUUCUUCCUUCUUUGUUUUUCAGCAAGCCUUUCAACAUACAAAAUGGCAAAAGGUUCAGCUUUAACAUCCAUCCAAAUUUCCCUUUUGCUAUUAGUAGCAAUCUUUGUUUGUUCAGAAGCUAAUCAUCGUGACCGUGAUUAUUGCUGCGGUGGAAAGGAAACAAAGAUUACUGUGUACCUUCAACUGUUUUCAGGCGGACCAAAUGCCACCACUGUCGCAGUUGCCGGCGCCCCUGGUAGGCCGAGAACUCCCACCGAAUUUGGAACCAUUUAUGUUAAUGAUUCUCCCUUUACAGAAAGCAUCAGCAUCAAUUCUCCAACUGUUGGUCGAAGCCAAGGCCUUUAUGUAGCUUCAUCCCGUGAUGGACUUUACUCAUUUGACCCAUUUUCCUUCAUGUUCACCGACGGACAAUACAACGGUAGCACUUUGGAAUUCCAAGGACUAGGAUAUAGCAUACAAAAUACUUCGGUGACUGAAUUUUCAGUACUUUCUGGCACCAAAAUAUUUAGGUAUGUUCGUGGAUAUGCAACCUUUCUGGCAGUUCGACAAAUACCAGCAAGGAAUUAUACGGUUACAAUGGCCAAUAUUACCAUAAGGCGAUGCUGAGGAGGAUGGGAAGUUUGAAUAAUAAAGUGAAAACCAAUAAUUAAGAAAGCCAAUAACAGAUAUUUAGUUUUAUUUCAGACCAUAUACGUACGUGGUGGUCUCUGUUUCUUUAUGUACUUCUGGUUCAUUCGACUAUCUUAAUAAGAACUCCAUCCGGGAGGAUGGGAAAAAAUAAAUAAUAAAAGUGUUAAAAUAUGUCUUUGACAUCCAUGUGAAAUCAUUUAUGGUGCUGUCAAAUUUUGAGAG